UUGCAGACACUUUUACAUGUUUUGGAGACCAGACCAGAAGCACUUCUGAAUUAAGAUCUCAGAUCCUUUGAGGUGGCAUCAGGAGCACUGAGAGCAGAAGAUGAGUGAACUUGACCAGUUGCGGCAGGAGGCCGAGCAGCUUAAAAACCAAAUCAGAGACGCCAGGAAAGCAUGUGCAGAUGCAACUCUCUCCCAGAUCACAAACAACAUUGACCCCGUGGGAAGAAUCCAGAUGCGAACCCGGCGGACGCUGAGGGGGCACCUGGCCAAGAUCUAUGCCAUGCACUGGGGCACGGAUUCCAGGCUCCUAGUCAGCGCCUCGCAGGAUGGUAAACUUAUCAUCUGGGACAGCUACACCACUAACAAGGUCCACGCCAUCCCUCUGCGCUCCUCAUGGGUCAUGACAUGUGCGUAUGCACCUUCCGGGAACUACGUGGCCUGCGGUGGCCUGGACAACAUCUGCUCCAUUUACAAUCUGAAGACCCGCGAAGGGAACGUGCGUGUGAGUCGUGAGCUGGCUGGACACACAGGUUACCUGUCCUGCUGCCGUUUCCUGGACGACAAUCAGAUCGUCACCAGCUCUGGAGACACCACCUGCGCUCUGUGGGACAUCGAGACCGGCCAGCAGACGACCACGUUUACUGGACACACUGGGGACGUUAUGAGCCUUUCUCUCGCUCCGGACAGCAGACUCUUUGUCUCUGGUGCUUGCGACGCUUCAGCCAAACUCUGGGACGUGCGAGAAGGGAUGUGCCGGCAGACCUUCACCGGCCACGAGUCCGACAUCAACGCCAUCUGUUUCUUCCCGAAUGGCAACGCCUUUGCCACUGGCUCGGAUGACGCCACCUGUAGGCUGUUUGAUCUGCGCGCAGACCAGGAGCUCAUGACCUACUCGCACGACAACAUCAUCUGCGGGAUCACGUCCGUCUCCUUCUCCAAGAGCGGCCGCCUCCUGCUCGCCGGGUACGACGACUUCAACUGCAACGUCUGGGACGCGCUCAAGGCCGACCGGGCAGGUGUCUUGGCGGGACAUGACAACCGCGUCAGCUGCCUGGGAGUGACCGAUGACGGGAUGGCCGUGGCAACGGGGUCCUGGGACAGCUUCCUCAAGAUCUGGAACUGACGCCCCUGCCAGCAGCAGGAGGACGCCGUGGUGACUGGAAGAGCAUUCCAACCUGGAGCGUCCGUGAUGGCAUUUCAACCCCUACUAACGUGGACGCCCUGCACCGCCCCCAGAACUUCAAAAGGGCAAGAUCUCUCCCCUUCACUUAUUGCUGAAACCAAGAGCACAAUUCCCAUUAAGAGAAGAGUCUGUGCUGUAAACUAAACAAGUCGUGCAUUCCCGCCGGGACCACUGUCUCUGUUUCCUUUUCUUUUUUGUCUUGAAUGAAUUUAAAAGGAAAUACUAUAAUAAAAAUGUUAAUCAGAAGGUAA